AGCCUAGCAGACAAACUUAAUCAUUAAAAACAGAACGAAAACACGGGAUGUGGUUCUGAGUUCUAAAAGGAGUAUUAUCGUGUUGGGAAAAGAUAGUCCAAACUUCCCUACUUUUCUCUGUAAUCAAUACCUGACAUUGACCAUCAUGAAAGUAGUAGUGGGUGGUGGAUCCGGUUUUGUCGGUAGAACAUUGACGCAGUUGCUAAGCAGCAGGGGUCACGAGGUCACAGUGAUCUCACGCCAGUCUGGGCCUGGGCGCAUUACAUGGGAUGAGUUGUCAUCAAAAGGCCUCCCACCAUGCGAUGGCGCUGUGAACCUGGCAGGGGAGAAUGUCCUGAACCCUUUGCGAUGGUGGAACGAAGAAUACAAAAAGGACCUGUUCUCAAGUAGAAUCGACACUACAAGGACAUUAGUUGAAGCGAUAGCCGCUGCUGAAAAGCCACCUCAAUCCUGGGUCCUUGUAACUGGAGUAGGUUAUUACAAGCCCAGUCAGACAGCUGAAUACACAGAGAUGAGCAAGGGAGGAGAUUUUGACUUGCUGUCCCGUCUGGUGACGGAGUGGGAAACUGCUGGCAGAUUACCAGGAGACAAGGCCACAGACACGCGGCAGGUCGUGGUGAGAGCUGGUGCGGUUCUUGGUAAAGACGGAGGUGCCAUUCAGCAAAUGAUCUGGCCCUUCUGGCUCGGACUUGGUGGUACCCUUGGUUCCGGCUGCCAGCCUUUCCCGUGGAUUCACGUGGCCGAUGUGGCCGGCAUCAUCACCCACGCUUUAGAGUCGGGCACUGGCGUGGUCAGCGGUGUAUUGAAUGGCGUGGCGCCAGCUGAUGAUACAAACGCCACCUUCACCAAGGCCCUGGGCUCAGCUCUUAGGCGCCCGACCCUGUUCCCGGUGCCAGCCUUCGUGGUCAAUACCCUCCUGGGCAGCGAGCGAGCGGUCAUCUUGCUCCAGGGACAGAGGGUCAUACCAAAACGGACACUGGAGUCAGGCUACGUGUUCAAAUAUCCAGAUCUGCAGUCCGCGUUGAAGAAUAUCGUGUCUUGAAAAUUAAAAACUGUACUUGAUAAAGCUUUCUGUAUCAUGAAAUUGAUCACUGGCUUAAACCCACUGUGAUUUAGCCUUGAACCUUUUUUCGGUCAUCAUUUUGCUGGGGCUUGCAAAAUAAAAAUUCAGUCGUUUGACCAGCUGUGAUUGAGUGGGACGCAGAUAUCCAAAGUCAUCCAUAGGAAAGCGUCAGGUAUGAUUGACACCUGUUUCAUUGGACUUCCCUUUGCAUUUGGUUAGCUGCUGGUCAAAUUUAAUAUAAUCACAUCAAAUAGCAACGCCCCUGCAACCCACUGCCUAGAUAAAACUAACCGGGGUUUGUGAAACCACACAUAUAUCUAGCUCUACAUUUUCAGAAUAUUCAAAGUGACUGUAGCAAUCAAAACCAUUUCUAAAUCUUACCUGCAUGUCCAUUAGCUAAAUUGGUCUCAGUUUAGCAAAUUGUAAUAAAGCCCAGUGAAAGCAUGAUAAAGCAUAGGGAAGCAUUGUAAAGCACAGAGAAGUCUGGUAAAGCAUAGGGAAGCAUUGUAAAGCACAGAGAGGUCUGGUAAAGCGUAGGGAAGCAUUGUAAAGCACAGAGAGGUAUGGUAAAGCAUAGGGAAGCAUUGUAAAGCGCAGAGAGGCAUGGUAAAGCACAGGGGAGCAUUGUAAAGCCCUGAAAGAACAUUCUGUUUUGAUUAUAAAAUAGGAAAACUAAGAUAAAAAAGCUCUUUUGUAAAAAUAAGUUUUCAAUCAAACAGUAAGAUUGUUUUUUGACAAUUGACAGCCCUACCCAAUCUAUAGACAGAGAGUAUAAGGGUUGCUAGAGUAUUUAUAUAUAUAUAUUUAAUAUGCUUUAUCAUAGCUCUUUGGGCUUUACAGUGUCUACCUAUGCUUUACCUCAUUGUGCGUGUACAUUUGGCUAAGCUAGGGGGAGACUUUCAUAAGGAUUAGUUUAAGAACAUAAGAACAUAAGAAAGUUUACAAACGAGAGGAGGCCAUUCGGCCCGUCUUGCUUGUUUGGUUGUUAGUAGCUUAUUGAUCCAGAAUCUCAUCAAGCAGCUUCUUGAAGGAUCCCAGGGUGUCAGCUUCAACAACAUUACUGGGGAAAUAAUGGUUUACCGUGGUUUGAAAGAAAGCUCCAGGUUAGGAAUACUCAGAGAAACUGCAACAAGCAUUUUGUAUUUUGCAAUGUCGAAGGUUUGGAUUUAUUACAUUAUUCUUUGUUUAUUUGUUAUUUGUAUACUGUAUGUUUUAUUUGUUUUGAUGCAGAUAUUUAACACCUGAAUUAAACAUUCUCUCUUAACAUAA